GAGUCGGCCGAGCUCAACGCAUUCCUCGCACGCAGCACGCCCGAGCUGGAGGAGGCGCUGCACCGCAACCUCGGCACGACCGCAUUCGACAACCAUGACGUCAGCUGGGAGGACGAGCGCGACGUGGCCACGUGCCUGCACUCGCUGCGGCACCGCGCCGCCCUACCGCCGAACACGCCCGCCUCCGUCCUCGAGUCGUGCACCGCCGUCUCAUGGAACGCCACCGGCAGCGUGGUCGCCGCCGCCUACGGCCCGCUCGACCGGAACGACUGGGAGAGCAGCGAGUCCGUGCUCUGCACGUGGUCGGUGAUGCGGCGGCAGCUGGACCCGAGCAGGGCGGACCACACGCUGCAGCUUCCCUGCUGCCUCGUCUCCCUCGCCUUCCACCGCGUCGAGCCCGACCUCCUCGCCGGCGGCGGCUUCAACGGCGACGUCAUGCUCUUCCGGCUCGGCGCGGCCGGCGGAGAGGCGCUCGCCUGCAAGAGCAGCCUGACCGAGUACACGCACGCGUGGCCGGUGCUGCAGCUCGCGUGGACGCACACACCGCAGCUCGGCCACGUCCUCACCUCCCUCUCCUCCGACGGGCGCCUCCUCGUGUGGAGCCCCGCCAAUCGGCUCGCGGCGCCGGUGAUGGGCUGCCGCGUGGCCCCGCGGGCGCAGGCCGCCGCCGAGCGCGAGCCGUUUGGGAGCGGUAAGGCGCCCCUGGCCGGUGGCGCGUCUCUCGCCUUCUCCCCCGUCGACCCGUCCACCUUUGUGGUCGGCUUCGAGGCGGGGCAGCUCCUCAAGUGCGGCCUGCACGCCAACGAGGCGCGCUCCUCCGAGAGCCCGCCAGCCGAGCAGCUCUACGGCUCCCCAGCCUCGCUACUGUACCAGCCGCACUCGGGACCCGUCUACGGGGUCGCCUUCUCGCCCUUCCACCGCCACGUCUUCCUCUCCGUCUCGACCGACGCGUCGGCCCGCCUCUUCAGCCUGCUCUCGCCGCAGCCGCUGCUCGUCACCGAGCCGAGCGCCGCGCCGCUCUACUCGUGCUCGUGGUCGCCCGCGCGGCCGUCGGUCUUUGCGGUGGGGGGCGCCGACGGGCAGCUGCACGUGUACGACCUGAGGCGGUCCAGGGGCAAGCCUGAGCUCGCGCUCAAGGUGACGGGCGACGGCUCGGCUGUGUACGCCGUCGCCUUCAACCCCGCCGAGCCCUCCCUGAUCGCCACGGCCGACGGCCAGGGCAUUGUGAAAAUCUGGAGGCUCUCCCGCGCGCUCUCCUCGAUGGCGCCGCGCGAGCAGGAGGCG